AUGGCUAAAAAGGCAUUAGAACGCCCGUACACCGGUCCGCACAAAGUAGUGCAACGCAUCUCGGAACGCGUACUUAAUAUCGAUAUCAACGGAAUCACAAAAAGCGUGUCCGUCGAUUUAUUAAAACCGGCAUAUUUUGUCCUUGACGACACCGCCGAACCCCUAUCAACCUCCGAGAACAUACUCAACCGGAAUGUAAAUCCGAACCCAGCGCUUAAGACCUACUCUCUUAAGAAGAGCUGGACUCGAGACGUAGCUGUUGAUGAAAGAGAAUUAGAUGGUGACGGUGACUUAAUUUUGGGAGAUAUAGGUCAAGGAUUGCCAUUUAAAACUGGUACGUUUGAUGGGGCUGUCAGUAUUUCUACGCUUCAGUGGUUGUGCUAUGCAAGCAAAACUUUGCACAAUCCUACAAAACGUUUAUAUUGUUUCUUCUCAACGUUGUAUGCAUGCCUGUCAAGAAGCGCAAGAGCAGUGUUACAAUUCUAUCCAGAGAACGGUGAACAGGUUGAAUUAAUCACGGCACAAGCCACAAAAGCUGGCUUUUAUGGCGGUGUGGUUGUCGAUUUUCCAAAUAGUGCAAAAGCAAAGAAAAUGGUCUUGGUUUUAAUGACCGGAGGAGUUGCUCCGCUUCUAAAGGCACUAGGCGUAGAGAACGAAGAUAGACAAACCGUCGUAAUUCAAGAAGGGAAUACAUAAAGAAAGCCAAGGGUAAAUCAUUGAAGACAAGUAGGGACUGGAUUUUAGAGAAGAAAGAAAGGCGGCGCCGGUAAGGAAAAGAAGUUAGAGAUGACUCUAAAUAUACUGGACGAAAGAGACCCGAGAGAUUCUAAUUGGCAGUAGAACAAAUAUUGGCGUGAUUGUAACAUCAUUAAUUUUUGCAGAAAAUUAUAUGUAGAUUUAACAGUCUGUUAAAUAUAAAUAUGACAAUGUAUUUAUGCAAAAAAUCUUUACAUUUUUAAACUCUACGUAUAAUGUAUUCCAAUUUUUAUCAUGUGCGGCGGAAUGAUUCCUUUAUGAAAUUAUCAUAGAUAAACCUUUACAAAAUAUGACAAAAAAUGUUAAUAGAAAAUUAGGCAGACUAAGCAGGCCCAUUGAGCUACACAUGAGUACACAUGAGCUCGGAACGUACUUACGACAUGUCACGGCGCAGGAUACGAAUAAGUACGACCGUGAAUGAAGGAAAUUAUAUAAUUUUAUUAAUAAUUGUAAUACAAUAAAUGAAAGUUGAAAUAUAUAUAAUGUCCGUUGAUUAUACAUUGUACCCAUGUUUCGCAUGGAUUUGCAAGAAGAAAUUUCCUGCUCCAACGCGUGUAAAAAAAAAGUACUUUUUGCUUUGA